AUGAGUUCAUUUCUAAUGGGAUAUCAUCCUCAUUCUUCGCAUCAUGUUCAAAGCUCUAUGAGUAUGAAUAGUGGAUUAGAUCCGAAAUUUCCGCCAGUAGCCGAUGAUUAUCAUCAAUAUAAUAACCAUUACUCGAUGACUGCUAGCACAGGGCAUAUGAUGUCUGGCAGUAGUAGUGCGAUAGAUGGAAUGCCGUCGCAUGCUCAUCCUACGCAUACAGCGGAUAUGGUUAACGAUUAUAUGGCAGCAGCAGCUCAUCAUCAUAGCUCGGUCAGUCAUUCACACCAUCCGCAUACACAUCACCAUCAUCAUCAUCACCAUAGCAAUAGUGGUCUUUCUGGUCAUCCUCAGAAUACGAACUAUACCAACUAUGUCGCUUCAAAUCCUAGCCAUCAUCAAGGCCUUGGAUAUUAGAGUCAUCAUGCGGCCGCCGCAGCAGCAGCGGCAGCUGUGCAUCAUGCUCCCGAAUAUAUACCAGCCGGAGCUGUUCAUUCUGAUCCGGCGGUUACGCUUGGUUCAAGUACGGCCUAUGCCGCACCAUUAACUUCGCCUUCUGGUAAUGGUACACCGACUGCCUCUAAUGUAUAUUACAGUGGUUAUUAUGGAUCGGGUGGCAGCGUUGGUAGUACCCAUUCGCAGGCCCAUUCCCCACAUUCUCACAUGAUGGAUAUUCCACUUCAUUGUUCCUCAACUGAACCGCCCUCUAACACGGCAUUGGGAUUACAAGAAUUAGGUCUAAAAUUGGAAAAACGUAUUGAAGAAGCUGUACCUGCCGGACAACAAUUACAAGAAUUAGGUAUGCGACUGCGAUGUGAAGAUACGGGAUCAGAGAAUGAUGAUAUGUUAGAUGAGGAUCGUUUGAUGUUAGACCAUUCACCGGAUGAAUUAGCAUCAAACGGCUUAGAUGACGAUUUAGGAGAUUCAGACACAGAAGAUGAUAUGAUGGGAGAAACAACAGAUGGCGAAAGAAUUAUUUAUCCAUGGAUGAAGAAAAUCCAUGUCGCAGGUGUCGCAAAUGGUUCCUAUCAACCCGGCAUGGAGCCGAAACGUCAGCGUACCGCCUACACACGUCACCAAAUACUUGAAUUGGAAAAAGAAUUCCAUUAUAAUCGUUACUUAACUCGUAGAAGACGCAUUGAAAUUGCCCACACACUAGUGCUCUCGGAGAGACAAAUUAAAAUCUGGUUUCAGAAUCGACGUAUGAAAUGGAAAAAAGAUAAUAAAUUACCGAAUACAAAGAAUGUGCGCAAAAAGACCGACGCCAAUGGCAAUCCGGUGACAACUCUGCCUAAGAAACCAAAGAGAGUGAGUGCCAAAAAACAGGCGCAGCAACAACAGCAGCAGCAGCAACAACAAACUCAAUUACAACAACAACCGCCUAUCAUAAACGAGUGUUUACGUUCGGAUAGUUUAGAGAGUAUGGCUGACGUGAGCACAUUGAAUAACCCGCCUUAUAUACCAGCCGCUAGUGAUGCAGCAAAUUUGCUGGCAUCACAAAAUCCAUGUAAUAAUUACAAUGGAUCUCAAACCCCAAUACAAUCGAAUGCCAAUGUGAACAAUAGUAAUAAUACUACCAGUGGCAAUAACGUAAAUAAUAACAACAAUAAUAACAACAAUACCCUGCAUCUGAAUAAUACAGCAACGUCUAACAAUCAAAUGCCAACAAAUCUACAUUCGCACCCACAUCAAGGCCAUGUACAACAGCAACAGCAACAGCAACAGCAACAACAACAAACACAUCAAAGUUCAGAUUUAAUGGCGAAUCUGCAGCAUAUAAAACAAGAUUAUGACUUAACCACACUGUAAAAUUUGCGAAUAAGAAACUAUUUCAGAUAAUCUCUCGCACAGCAUUGAGAAAAACUUUAAGUACCUCUACCGUCUAUGUUUUCUUAAAUGUGUGUAAAUUUUUAAGUUGUUAUUUAUAUAAAUAUGUAUGCAUAGCUAUUAUGUAUAAGGAAUAUUUAUUUAGUUUUGUUGCUUUGUUUGACUGUGAACGGUCCGUUUCAUUGCCCCGUGAUGUUCAAGGUGAUAAAAAGAAAUCCAAAUUCGAUUUUCAAUCGUUAACGACCUUUCGAGGCUUCUCAUAGUCAGUGUAUAUCAUAUAUAUAUAUAUAUAUAUAUAUUUUAUAAAUUUUCUUGAUAUGAAAAAUUUCAUUAACUGCGAACUUAUUAGUGGGGUCUGCAUGAAUAUGUCACUGAGCUUGGGAAAAGCAGCUUGCAGCUCAACUCUCUUUACCGACACUUCUCUCUACCUGUCUACGUACUCUCAUCAUUCAAUCAUAAAUAUAGGGGAAGGCUCGCCACGACAAAUAAGAUGAAUAAACGAACAAAUCUCUGGCUACGUGCACUCCUUGUGCUUGUCACCUCACAUAAGCAUACGCUAAGGGGACUCUUAUAGGUAUUCCGCGGACCUCCAAACUACUACGUUUUCGAGACAAUACGAAAUGUGAUGUUAAGCGGAAUUGUUGAACAACUUGCCUCGGACAACAAAUGCAGCAUUAUUUUUAUUUUAGAUAUGGUUUUACUUAAUUAAAUUGAAAUGUUUUUCUAGUUAUUUGAAUGUGUACAAGGAUAGUCUUUUAAUAAGUGUAUAAUUUGUGUCUCAUAUAUAAAGUUUUUUUUUUUGGUUUUUUUUUUUAUAAAUCUACACAAACCUUCCAGUUUUUCAAUAGAAGUACAAACCUCUUAAUACUUACGAGUGCGUGUUCACUAUUUUUUGAUUUAAGGAUAAUUUGUAUGAGAACCAUUUUUGCUUGAAUAUUAUGUUAAGAUAUAUUACUCAAUACCAAAUAAAUUGUAAAAAAAUUGUUUUAUUCA